AGAGAACCUACCCACUCCACAAAAUAGAUAGCGAAGUAUAUGAUCGGCCUAAAAGCACAUGCUUACAUUGAUCUUCUGUUUUUACCUUUAUAAAAAGAAACGGAAGUAUUUCCUUUAGGCUAAAGAGUGGAUUCGAUCGCAGUGACAUCACAUUCUUUGGAUAGACGGACGUCCGACGCCUUUGCCUGUAUACGCGUUGUUUUGUUGUAUUUUCUACAUGAGAUAAACAGUUAUAUCUACUGCUUUUACUUUCAAGUUCAAAUCUUUGUUUCAGCAUCACGCCAUUGCGUGCUCGUAUCUGCAAAAAUGAAAUGGAUGUUUAAAGAGGACCAUUCCCUCGAACACAGAAGUUUGGAGUCUGCCAAAAUAAGAAACAAGUAUCCUGAUAGAGUUCCGGUGAUAGUGGAGAAGGUCUCCGGCUCUCAGAUAGUAGAUAUUGAUAAGAGGAAGUACUUGGUCCCCUCGGACAUCACUGUCGCCCAGUUCAUGUGGAUCAUCAGAAAACGCAUCCAGUUGCCCUCAGAGAAGGCCAUCUUCCUCUUUGUGGACAAGACAGUCCCACAGUCUAGCCUGACCAUGGGGCAACUGUACGAGAAGGAGAAGGACGAGGAUGGCUUCCUCUACGUGGCGUACAGCGGAGAAAACACCUUUGGAUGCUAGACACCCUGCACAGCUCCAGGCUAACCUAUAUCAGCACACACCGUCUAACCACCUAAUCACCCCCUCCUCUUUUGAAGACAAGCUUGAUUGUACCAUAUAGACAAUUAUGUUUUAGAGCUUCUUCAGACUGACCAUGUUAUGGAUGCUUUGGGCUAUUACAGUACUUUCAGGUGAAAUGUCUGAGUAUUAAUAUAGUUUAAUAAAUGAGUUGCGUAAAUGGUAUACAGAAAUAUGUUGUUUGAUCUGUUUACAAUAAUAUCUUAAAAAAUUAUUUA